CCCCCUCUUCCUGGCAGCUCGAAAGGGUAUUGUAUAUCUGACAUUACGGGUUGUAUAGAUUGGCGACCCUCCAUUAUCUCUGUCUGGUUUAAUCAACUUCAACCGACCUCGAUUCCAACCGAUUCACCAUGUCGUCCACCCUCAUCCAAGCGUCGCGUCCCCUCGCCCGUGUCCGUAGCCAAUCGAACACCAUGCGCCCCUUCUCUAUUGCUAUUCCAGCUAGACUCGCCAACGAGUGGAUGCACAUGCCCAAGCCGAACGGGUUCCUAGCAGAAAAAGAUACAUCCCCUCGUCAAGGAAUCCCGUACGGUAAAAGGAUGGAGGUUGACUCCUCCCGAGGUGUGCAGCAGAAGAUGUCGGAACACAGCCACCGUCUCGACCAGCUGGAAAAAUCGAUUCAGCAGUUGACUCGCAUGCAGGGCGUUUAUUAAGAUUUACUAGAAUGCUGGUCGUUGCAUUGUGUCAGAAACCUGGAGUUUCAAAUACAUCCAGCCUACCUUUCAGACAUGGCCAUCCCCUAGGUUGAUUCAUGGAGGCUGUUAUACAUCAAAUGGUCAAUUGGAGAGUAGACAUUCUCUCGUUCAAAUGACCGCCCAUUUACCCCCACCCGAUUUGUCGAGCAGGAUCUGAUAUCGUGGAGGGGAAUCAUCUGGCAUGAGAAAUUGUAUAUAACUACUGUGCUCGUAUUAUGGAAUGAUAUCAUUUGAGAUUUGCUACAUAACUGGAGUCCAUCUGUACUUUGUGCAAUCCGUAUUCAAUGACUCGCUUGCUAGAUAUUUACAUAUUUAGUGUCAUGUCUGUUUGACCAUACAGGGAAGAAUAGGGGCUGCAAAGUGUUAUCUGAAUGAUACCGUGGUUAAACCAUCUCACCACAUACCUAUAUACUUCCAUGAUGAUAGACUGGAGUGACCUACUCACCACUUAAGAUAUUCAUUCGUUACCAAAAAUGAUGACAAAAUUAAACUGGAAAGCAAAAUAAAGAUAGAAAAAGAACACGAGCAACGGUAUCAAGUAUCGCGAAAGCUAGAUCUGCAAAAAAGCC